UGCUUAAUCUUUUUCCCCGGAGCAGCUGGUCAGUGGGAACAGAAACAACUAUCCUAUGUCAUUAAAUUAAGACACCUCAAGUAAUGCUUGGAAGCACCAUUAUAAACCACCGACAACAUGUUGGACUUCAGAAGCUCGCAGCGCUGGCAGGAAUCACACACUCCUCUUUGGGCCCCAAUAAAAAGUAUAAGUUCAUCCAGGAUGAAGCGAGCGGGGAGUCAGCUCUGGUGUGCUCCUGUUUUCGCAUCUUUGAGAAUCUGGAGCUGAGCUGUGCCGUGGGUCAGCUGGUUCACGAGACUAUCCAGGCCCACCAGAAGGUCUAUCACACAGGGUCGGGAUGCCUGCUGUUUCUCGCCGGAGCGUGGAGUCGUGCUGCUCUGGAGUGCCUUCAGAGAGGGAUUCCAGUCCCUCACAUCCUCUCUGCUUUGUCUGAAGGGAUGGAUAUAUGCGUCGAUGUUUGCAGGAAAAGCAGCGUCUCCACUGAGGGUCUCCAUGUUGAGCCAUCUGAGAGCUUCAAUGCGAAAUCACAUGCUUUAGGAUUUCAACUGUCAAAGAAACCCAAUGUGGAAGCUUCCCAAGCAUCAAGCAACCUGCAAGAGACAUCAACAGUUGGUCUUAAGACUCUAAAUGGCAGUAGACAAAGAAAAAUAAAACUCAGCAGACAUUUUUACGAGGCCAGAUCAGAAAAUGUCUCAACAGUAACGCAACCUGAUCACCCUAAGCUCCCUGACAUUGCACACAUCGCAAAGGGAUUGAGUCAUGGUUGUGUCGAUGCGAUGAAUUUAGUAGUAGAAGCUAGCCGAGUACAGUCAAAAAAUCAUCCAGAAAACAUCAGCUGUUCCACAUUUGAUGUUACUAAAGUGAUGACUUGUGUGCUUCCUGGUUUACCAGAGGAGCAUGCAUGUGUUUUACCAGGCUGCAUCGUCCUUGUAUCUGAUGAACAGGCUUCAGUUGCACAUCACUUAAAAGAACAGUCCUUAAGAGUUGCUCUAAUUAAUGGAGAUUUAUCAGACACCUAUCGCCAUCUUGGCUUUAAAAAGCUAACAGGUGUACAGUGCGUGAGCGACCAGUCCGACUUUACAAGUUCAAGCAAAGACAAAGAGUGGAUGGAAAAGAUCGUGGCACUUCUGUUGAACCUGGGAGUGAACCUGAUACUUGUCAGCGGGCUGGUUCGUGAGGAAGUGAUUCAGAGCUGUUGUAGACAUCAUAUACUUGCGGUGGAAAAAGUGAAGGCUUCCGUUUUGAGAGCCUUUGCUAAAGCAACGGGAGCUGUUCCGGUGACAUACGGCACACAGUUGAGUAGGCACUGUAUCGGUCUUGGUGUUAAGGCUGAAAUAUGGAGGGACCUCAGCAGCUAUGAUGGAAAACCUUUAAUUACUGUGAAUAUUUCCACUGUAGAAAACAGUGAGUUGGUCACAGUGAUUCUCUCGAGCUGCGUACAUGGCAAGCUGCAGGCCAUGGAGGACCGGUUCUGGGCCUGUGCUUAUCGUUUACACCACAUGCUGGAAGACAAAGUCCUCCUGCCUGGUGCUGGAGUGACAGAAAUGCUUUGUGUUCACCACCUUCAAAGGGAAGCAGAGAAACAUGUCAAACAUCACAGAGAGAGGAACAGGGACUCAGCCGCUAACCCUUACAGAGGCCAAGUGUUGAAGCUCAUUGCAGAUGGUUUAUUAGAUUACAUAUCCACCGUAAUGGUUAACACCGGAAGGUUCUCAAAAGUCAAAGCCAUGACGGCAGCACGCCAACAACUGCAGAACAAUAACGAAAGUCUUGAUGCAAAGUUAUCACAGCUUUCCUUGGAAGGUGAAGAGGAGGAUAGCGGAGUUUCAUUACCGAUUAAAUCAAGCAAAGCACCCGCAGUAAAGAUCUAUGAUAAUCUGAGUGUGAAGCAGGAAUCAUGGAGGAAAGCUCUAGAUCUGGUCGUCCUGGUCUUGCAGACUGAUGCGGAGGUCAUCACAGGCAUUGACCAAACAUCUGAUGAUACACAAGAAAAGCUGAUGCUGUUGUGAUUUCAUUUUGAAGGAUUGGCUGUCCUACACAUUCCCAAAUUGAAAAAUAUAUGUAUUUAACUUGUUUGUAAUGUAUUUUUGUAUGAAUGGUACAAAGGAAAAGUCAAAUAAAGUGUUUUCAUAUUC